GCUACCUUCACAUAUCUGUCGUUACCCGGCCUUCGGACGUCCCCUCCCAGCCAUUGCUCGGAUUGUCUCUGCUUCGUGGUCCUUCGGCCUCCCCACCUUGACGCUCCCUUUUAAUUGUCUCCCCGCCGAACCCGACCGCUCCGCCCCCCCCUGUCGCGUCAAGCCGAUCCCCUCCACCCUCCUUUCCACACCAUGUCCCAUUCGCCGUAAAGGAUUCACCAGACGGUUGCAAUUCGGGACAUGUUUGGAUGACACUUUAUCCCACCAAGUGAAUCCCGCCGGCGUGGUAUCUCCAUGCGCUUAAGUAUUCGAACGUGAGGUAGUACGACGGGACCCCGACUCCCCCUUUUCGGUUGCGAAGUAACCUCAGAUCAUCACCCCAUUUCCUCCAUCCGCCGUAAGCCUGCGACCCCUAUGCUCGAUUGAUCGCCAUGUCGUCCAUGCGAGGACUCGUCCAAUUCAUCGCCGAUUUGCGCAACGCAAGAGCGCGCGAGCUGGAGGAAAAGCGAGUGAACAAAGAAUUAGCCAAUAUUCGGCAGAAGUUCAAGUCUGGCAGCCUCAACGGGUAUCAAAAGAAAAAAUAUGUCUGCAAGCUGCUCUACGUCUAUAUUCAAGGGUAUGAUGUCGAUUUCGGCCACCUGGAGGCCGUCAAUCUGAUAUCCUCCCCCAAGUAUUCCGAAAAGCAGAUCGGAUACCUUGCCGUGACUCUGUUUUUGCAUGAGCAGCAUGAGCUGUUGCAUCUGGUCGUCAAUAGUAUCCGGAAGGAUCUGCUGGAUCACAAUGAGUUGAAUAACUGUUUGGCGCUGCACGCGGUUGCCAAUGUGGGUGGCAGAGAGAUGGGCGAGGCGCUCUCGACCGACGUUCAUCGCCUGCUGAUUUCCCCCACUUCCAAGGCCUUCGUGAAGAAGAAGGCGGCUCUCACUCUCCUCCGCUUGUAUCGUAAAUACCCCGGCAUUGUGCAAAACGAGUGGGCCGAGCGUAUCAUCUCUAUCAUGGACGACCCAGACAUGGGUGUGACCUUGUCCGUGACAUCCUUGGUCAUGGCAUUGGUACAGGAUAAACCCGAGGAAUACCGGGGAAGCUACGUCAAAGCUGCACAGCGGCUCAAGAGAAUUGUGGUGGAUAAUGAUAUUGCACCAGACUACCUCUAUUAUCGCGUACCGUGCCCUUGGAUCCAGGUCAAAUUGCUGCGCUUGCUGCAAUACUAUCCUCCGUCUGAGGACAGCCAUGUCCGUGAAAUUAUUCGCGACUCGUUGCAACAAAUCAUGCAUGCGGCAAUGGACACGCCGAAGAAUGUCCAGCAGAACAAUGCGCAAAAUGCAGUUCUCUUUGAGGCCAUUAAUCUUUUGAUCCAUCUCGACACCGAACACAGCCUCAUGCUACAAAUAUCCAGUCGCCUGGGAAAGUACAUUCAGUCGCGCGAGACUAACGUUCGGUAUCUGGGACUCGAGGCAAUGACCCAUUUUGCGGCUAGGGCCGAGACGUUGGAUCCCAUCAAAAAGCAUCAGAACAUCAUCCUUGGGUCGCUUCGGGAUCGCGAUAUCAGUGUUAGGCGUAAAGGGUUGGAUCUCAUCUACAGCAUGUGCGACACCACCAAUGCCGGUCCUAUUGUGAACGAGUUGCUACGCUACCUCCAGACUGCCGACUAUGCUAUUCGGGAAGAAAUGGUGUUGAAGGUUGCAAUUCUCACGGAAAAAUACGCCACGGAUGCCCAGUGGUAUAUCGACAUGACCCUGAAACUUCUCUCUCUGGCAGGUGACCACGUCAACGACGAGGUGUGGCAGCGUGUGAUCCAGAUUGUCACGAACAACGAGGAGUUGCAGGCUUACGCCGCACACACCUUGCUUACUUAUUUGAAGACCGACUGCCACGAGAGUCUCGUGAAGAUAGGAUGCUAUGUUCUAGGAGAAUUCGGGCAUUUGAUUGCCGAUAAUCAAGGUUCGAGUCCCAUCGAGCAGUUCCUGGCAUUGCAGGCCAAGAUGAUCACCAGCACCGACAAUACUCGCGCGAUGAUCUUGUCAUCCUUCGUGAAAUUCGUCAACCUCUUUCCUGAAAUCAAACCGCAACUAUUGCAUAUCUUCAAGCUCUACAGCCAUUCACCCGACUCCGAGCUGCAGCAGCGUGCCUUUGAGUAUCUGUCGUUGGCGACUCUUCCAUCCGACGACCUUCUUCGAACGGUCUGCGAUGAGAUGCCUCCGUUCUCGGAUCGGGCCUCUAUACUCCUGUCUCGACUGCAUCAGAGAACGGCGGGCACGACCGACAAGAAGACCUGGGUUGUAGGCGGCAAGGAUGCCAACACCGACCAAAAAGAGAUGCUCAUGGCUCAAAACACGGGGCUGAAGCGCACUUUCACCACCAUUGUCAAUGGCACGAAGACCGGAACGAACGGAACGGCGGCGGCGGCAGCAGCAGCUCCCUCGCCCUCGAGCGCGUCGGGCGACCUCGCGGGAUUGGAUCUCAGCACCCCGUCUGCACCACCUCCAAACUUGGCGAGUGCAGCCCAUCUGACGCCGGAUUGGGACCUUGGGUAUAACCGACUGUAUUAUGCCGAUGAAGGAGUGCUCUUUGAGGAUGCUCAGAUCCAGGUCGGGCUGCGGUCCGAGUACCGGGCCCAUAUGGGCGUGGUGAAGAUCUACAUCACGAACAAGGCAUCCUUCGCAAUUGGAUCGUUGACCACCACGGUGGACAAUCGCUCGGCGCCAAAUCUCAAGGCCGACACCAAGAGUCUGCCCGAGCCCUCCGUUCCAGCGGCAGGCCAAACCCAACAGACGCUCUUCUUUGGCGCCCACGGGCCAUUCACGGAAGCACCUACCAUUCGCAUCUCAUACCUUGCAGGUGCCCUGCAAGCGUAUACCCUGCAACUCCCUGUCCUAAUGCACCGCUACAUGGAACCGUCCGCAUUAUCUGCCGAGGAAUUUUUCAAGCGAUGGCGGCAAAUCGGAGGCGGCCCCCUCGAGUCUCAGAAUACGUUUGGGGCCGCCGCAAGAGCCAAGGACAUCGGCGAAUCAUUCACACGGAAAUCGGUGGAAGGAUUUGGAUGGAGAGUUUUGGACGGGGUGGAUCCUAAUCCCAAAAACAUUGUAGGAUGCGCUGUCUAUCAGUUUGCGACCGGCAAGACGGGUUGUCUCCUACGGUUGGAGCCCAACUACGACAAGAAGAUGUACCGAAUCACCAUCCGAGCAACGCAAGAGGCAGUUCCGCAGGCCCUGGCGAAGCAGAUGGAACAGAAAUUAUCGCAGGGAAACCUGGCGGAUGUAUAGUCCAUGACGAGCGAACCAUUGUAAAUUUGGCAGGAGGCGAGCGAGGUUCCUUUUUCUUUUUCUUCCAUUUCUUUUCUUUCCAUAAUACAUAUGAUAAUGUAUUCUCCCCCCCCCGGCCCUUUUCAAUUCUCUGCCCCAACCUCCCUCUUGACGCGAGGUGGUUAGGUAGUUUCAUUGAU